UCGUUGAACGGGUUUAAUCAGUAAAAAAACUUUAUCACAGUCCAAGCAGCAGGUAGCUAACACCAGACCUCACUGCUCUCCGUACUCCAACUAGGGGAGCAGCCUGCGAGGCACUCUGAUUGCGGCAGCACACUUUGCUCCUUUACGUUGUCCUUCUCAUCCCUCCGCCAUUCCUCUCUCUCUCUACUCAACCCUCUUCACUCCUUCGCAACACGCCCCCAUUUGCACGCGAAGGGCGAGCAGCCGGUAAUGUGAAUCCCAGGCACUCCGACUGGUAAGCAGGCGACCGCGUCUUACUUCCCCCUCUUCUCUCCGGUUCCUUGGACUACCCUGGAGGUGCGGUCAGAUAGUAGAAUGGCGGAGCGGUGGCGUAUUCCGGCGGCAUUGGUGGCGGCGGUGGUCUGGGCGUCGAUGGUGGCGGUCCCCUGCUCCGCCGAAGAUCCCUACGCCUACUUCGACUGGGACGUCUCCUACGUCACCGCCGCCCCCCUUGGCGUCAAGCAGCAGGUCAUAGCUAUCAACGGCCAGUUCCCCGGUCCAAUCGUCAACGUGACGACGAACUGGAACAUUGUCGUCAACGUUCUUAACGAUCUCGAUGAGGAUCUCCUCCUCACUUGGGAUGGCAUCCAGCAACGCAAGAAUUCUUGGCAAGACGGAGUGUCGGGCACGAACUGCCCCAUCCCAUCAGGCUGGAACUGGACAUACCAAUUCCAGGUGAAGGACCAGAUUGGGAGCUUCUUCUACUUCCCCCCUCUGAACUUCCAGCGAGCGGCCGGUGGGUUCGGCGGGAUCACGAUCAAUAACCGGGAUGUCAUCGCCGUGCCCUUCGGGAAGCCGGACGGGGACAUCACCCUUUUCAUUGGGGAUUGGUAUAUCAGGAACCAUACGGACCUGAGGAAGGCUCUUAAUGAAGGAAAAGAUCUUGGGAUGCCAGAUGGUGUUCUUAUGAAUGGGAAGGGCCCGUAUCGAUACAAUAAGACACUUGUUCCGGCUGGUAUCGACUACGAGUCUAUCAAUGUUCAUCCUGGCAAAACAUACCGUUUCCGUGUGCACAAUGUUGGCAUCUCUACUAGUCUGAACUUCAGAAUCCAGAAUCAUAACAUGCUGCUUGUGGAGACAGAAGGCUCGUACACUGUGCAACAGAAUUACACCAACCUAGAUAUUCAUGUGGGGCAGUCAUACUCCUUCUUGGUUACAAUGGAUCAGAAUGCGAGUAGCGAUUACUACAUUGUGGCAAGUGCUAGGUUUGUAAAUGAGUCACGUUGGGUAAGAGUUACUGGUGUUGCCAUUCUGCACUAUUCAAAUUCCAAAGGCAAAGCAUCCGGUCCUCUUCCAGAUCCUCCUCAAGAUUUCUACGACAAGACUUACUCAAUGAAUCAGGCAAGAUCCAUCAGGUGGAAUCUAAGUUCUGGUGCUGCACGGACCAAUCCUCAGGGAUCUUUCAGAUAUGCUUCAAUCAAUGUGACCCAGUUGUAUGUGUUGAAAAACACACCACCGGUGGUUAUUAAUGGAAAAAGUCGAUCUACAAUCAAUGGAAUUUCAUAUUCUCCUCCUGCAACACCACUGAGGCUUGCUGAUCUGUAUAAUAUCGAGGGAGUAUACACACUUGAUUUUCCCACAAGGCCACUCAAGGGUGCUUCUAAGAUUGGAAGAUCAGUGAUCAAUGGUACAUUCAGGGGAUUCAUGGAAAUCGUAUUUCAGAACAAUGAUACUAAAGUUCAGAGUUACCAUAUGGAUGGAUAUUCAUUUUUUGUUGUUGGGAUGGACUAUGGAGAGUGGACAGAAGAUAGCAGAGGAACAUAUAAUAAAGGGGAUGGUGUAGCACGCUGCACGACACAGGUUUUCCCAGGAGCAUGGACUGCAAUCUUAGUCUCUCUGGACAAUGUGGGAUUCUGGAAUGUGCGAGCGCAGAAUCUUGACUCAUGGUACCUUGGGCAGGAAGUCUACGUAAGGGUUGUCAAUCCAGAAAUGACCAACAAAACAGAGUUGCCUGUGCCAGAUAAUGCCCUUUAUUGCGGUCGCCUCCAAAAGUAUCAGAAUGAGCAGACUCCUCAUCACAAAGCAACUUCAUCUUCUUCAACCACCUAUAUAAGAGGCAUUUUGCUCAUUCUGAUGCUGCUUCUGGUUUCGGUUGCUGUGCUGCCAUAAAAAAGUCCAAUUUUCUUGUGAGGAACAUUACCCCAUGAGCAAUUAUGUGGUUGAGUUUGUAGGUUGUGCAUCUUUUGCUAUGGAUGUGUUCUCUGUGAUUUAUAACUUGUUUCCUGGAUUGUGCCCAUCUAAUUUUCAGUUUGGGUUAUUUAGGGGGACCAACCAUUCUUUCAACCUUGUGUUUAUGUACCUGUUAUUUAUAGCUUCCAUUCUGUGUGGCUAUGUAAUACAAGCUUCGGUGUCGAUCUUAAAUGAAAUUGCAUCCGCUGGCUAGCGUUUCCAUCUA